AUGGCUGAAAACGUUUGCGACCAUAUGAACGAGCUUUUCUUUGGAACCUCUACGGAUGUUGAAGAUUUUCGUCCGGUUCUUGUCGCUAAUUGUGUCUUCAACAGCUUUUUGUCUUAUACAACCAUCAUUUUGAACAUCGUUACUAUCCAUGCGAUAAGGAAAACCACGUUUUUGCCAAAACCUUUGAGAACAUUAUUACUGAGCCUGGCUGCCUCCGAUGUUGGUGUUGGUUUGUUGGUCCAACCGCUUUACAUUUCUACUUUGGUCAGCCGGUUAAAUCAAAAACGUAUCGACUGCAUAUCCUACAAGAAAUUGUUGGCCGUUAUCAAUUUCUUUUGUAUAUCCUCGCUCUUGAAUGUUGUAACCAUAAGUGUGGACAGGUUCUUAGCUGUUCAGCUUCAUCUCAGAUAUCAAGAGCUUGUGAUUCACAAGCGCGUCAUUGUAGCGGUGAUAUCACUAUGGCUGUUUAGCGCAGUUAUUUGUUCUGAUCUCUUUUGGGCUCCAUUGGAUAUCAUUUAUCAAGUCAUAAGGUUGGUGAUUAUGACUGUUUGCUUCAUUCUGGUAGUAAUUGUCUACUGGAGGAUUUAUACAGUCUUAAAGCGACACAAAAAGCAGAUUCAAGACCUUCAAGUUGAAGAAGCAGAACAGGGAGUUCAAAAUGGCGACUUAUCAAACUUUUUGAAGCUUCGCAAGUCAGCUCUUGGAACAUUCUGCGUAUUUAUUGUGUUUUUGCUUUGUUAUUUGCCUUUCUAUAUUCUUUUGUUUUUGUUUCUGGCUCGUCCUUCAAGUUUAACCGCUUUACCCGAAGCUUGGCACUAUACAGUGACUUUGGUUUUCCUCAACUCGUAUUUGAACCCUGUUAUAUACUGCUGGAAGAUGGAACCCAUUCGUCGCACUCUUAUGGACAUAAUGCGAGGCAUCGUCAAUCGUUUCAGAGAAUAA